GGCCGUCAGUCGUUGCCAUGGGGACGGGGUUUGGUUGCGGUGCGGGCGGAAGCGCGAGCCGGACCUUCAUGAAGCUUCUCGGCGAGAAUCCAUUGCGUUGGAAAGGUGUUUGGAACGGUGACAUUACCCUUUGGAUACUGCUGCUUUUGAACUGCUGAUUGUCAGCCUUUCUGUCGCGAAACAUGGGCCUCCCGGCACUGGAGUUCAGUGAUUGUUACUUGGACAGCCCGCAAUUCCGGGAUAAAAUCAAGUCUCACGAGGCAGAGCUGGAAAAAACAAACAAGUUCAUUAAAGCUCUGAUUAAAGACGGAAAAGCAUUGAUUCAGGCGCUGAAAAAUCUGUCUAUUGCCAAGAGGAAGUUUGCAGAAUCAUUAAAUGAAUUUAAGUUUCAAUGCAUUGGAGAUGCGGAGACAGAUGAUGAGAUCUGUAUAGCAAAAUCGCUUCAGGAGUUUGCGGGCGUUCUAAAAAACCUUGAAGAUGAGCGAGGACGUUUGAUUGAGAAUGCGGGUGAUGUCCUCAUCAGUCCAUUGGAAAGAUUUCGGAAGGAACAGAUUGGAGCCUCAAAAGAGGCAAAAAAAAAAUAUGAUAAGGAAACAGAAAAGUACUGCAGUGUACUGGAAAAACAUUUAAAUCUAUCAUCCAAGAAAAAGGAUUCUCAUCUUCAGGAGGCAGACAGUCAAGUAGAUGUCGUCCAUCAACGUUUCUACGAAGUGUCACUGGAAUAUGUAUUGAAAGUUCAUGAGGUCCAAGAGCGAAAGAUGUUUGAGUUUGUGGAACCAUUGCUUGCAUUCUUACAAGGACUCUUUACAUUUUAUCAUCAUGGUUAUGAACUGGCAAAAGACUUUGGACAUUUUAAAACUCAGCUUCAGAUCAGCAUUCAAAAUACACGGGACAGGUUUGAAGGCACACGACCUGAAGUUGAAUCAUUAAUGAAGAAAAUGAAGGAGAACCCUCAAGAACAUCAGAGUAUCAGCCCUUACUCAAUGGAAGGUUAUCUUUUCGUACAGAAAAAAAGUCCUUUUGGAUCCAGUUGGGUGAAGCACUACUGCACUUAUCAAAAAGAGUCAAAACAAGUUACCAUGGUGCCAUUUGACCAAAAAACUGGAGGAAAGAUAGGGGAUGAAGAAAUAUUUAUCCUCAAAUCAUGCAUUAGAAGAAAAACGGACUCCAUUGAGAAGAGGUUUUGUUUUGACAUAGAAGGAGCAGACAGGGCAACCAUAAUCACCAUGCAAGCACCCUCUGAGGAGGACAGGAGGCUGUGGAUGGAAGCCAUGGAUGGCAGAGAACCUGUGUACAAUUUGAAUAAGGACAAUCCAAUAAGUGAAGGUGCUGCACAACUGGAUAAAGUUGGGUUUGAUUUAAUGAAGAAAUGCAUUCAUGCCAUUGAAGAAAGAGGUAUCAAUGAACAGGGCCUAUACCGUAUAGUGGGUGUCAAUUCUCGAGUCCAAAAACUGUUAGGAUUACUAAUGGGAACAGCCGAUGUAGAUCUGGAGAGCUCAACUGAAUGGGAGAUAAAAACUAUUACCAGCACACUUAAACAUUAUCUCAGAGUGCUUCCAGCUCCAUUGAUGACAUUCCAGUUGCAACAUGGCUUUAUCAAAGCAGCGAAGAUGGAGAAUCCGGAAUCAAGACUCUCUGAGAUACAUAAAUACGUACAUCGACUACCAGAGAAGAACAAGACAAUGCUGGAAAUAACAAUAAAACAUUUAGCAAACGUGUCCAGUAACCACAAACAAAAUCUGAUGACCAUGGCAAAUCUAGGUGUGGUGUUUGGACCAACGUUAUUUAGACCACAGGAGGAGACGGUGGCUGCAAUCAUGGAUAUCAAGUUUCAGAAUAUAGUUGUUGAAAUGUUAAUAGAAAACUAUGAAAAGAUUUUCCAAAUGAUACCAGACACUGCAACAGUUCAACCAAAUCCAUUACUAAAUUCUGCACAGAAAAAGGGUACAGAGACUAAAACUGCCUUGUGCAGCCAGAGACCUUUAAUGGUGUUUCAGACAAUAUCAAAUGAAAAUGAAAAGCAGAACAGCAUUGCAAUUUCCAGUAAUGUGUCGGUGUUUGUUCCAACUGUGAAUGCCACUUCUAAAACCAAUCGACAAAGUGUACAUAGUCUUGGAUCUGGUGACGCUGAAGUGUGCACAAUGCAACUAGAUCGACCAAAUUCUUUGGCUCUGUGGUCAGGCUAUGCAACUUUGGCAGCUCGAUUCAGAAAAAGGCUAAACCCCAAGCGAAAACCCAGUCUCACUAGUCCUCUUCCUCCCAGUCCCAGUACACCACUGUCACCCACAUCGCCUAUGGUUUCAGCACCUUCAAGUCCAGUUCCUGUUUCCUCCAGUGACUCUUCCCCUCUCAGUACACAAAAUCGCAAAGCGAGAGCCCUGUACGCAUGUAAGGCGGAACAUGAUUCGGAACUAUCCUUUAGUGCUGGAACCAUCUUUGAGAACAUUUACUCAUCUAGGGAACCUGGUUGGCUUGAAGGGACUUUGGAUGGGAAGAUCGGACUAAUUCCAGAAAAUUACAUUGAGUUUCUAUAGCCAAAAGCAUGCAACUUUGUUGCUGAGAAUUACAUGGUAUCCAUGACAAUCAAUGAAGAUAUGAACAUUAUUUUGUUUUUUAGCAUUUUAUUCUAUUGCUGAAAUGCAAUGAGGACAUUAUAUGAACCGGAGAUGAAUUUCAACUCAAGAUUUUAAUGUCCUGUAUGGAUAUGAUGUACCAUUAAUUUAUCAAACCAGAGCCUGUAAUUACUUCUUAAGGAUUUUGUUUUUAAUUCAAACUCUUACGUUUCUGAAAUUAUGUUUUAUUUUAUCUGUGGUAGGCAGUAGAAUGUAUAAAGUGUUGAUAUUCAUUCUACUUAACUGUUGCAAAUAUCUGUAUGAUGUAUGUAUUAUAUGAUAUGGGUUUUUUUUAAAUUAGGGGAAGUGUAUUAUCCUUAAUUUUGCCAUUUCUUCCACCUAAAGUAUUGAAUUAUACAAUUGAAAUGUUGCAACACAGAAGGGACUUGACAAUGGUGACAUUAAUGGCCACAUUUUAUAAUGAAGAUGUUAUUGUCCAUUUGAAAACAAAAUCUUAAUAAUUACCUCUAUUUCUCAAAAUAAACAGUAAUUUGGUAUUUAAAAAACAUGACAUAAAAUUGAAUGCUUUCCACGAUGUAAAGGAAGAAAUGGAUUUUAGGCAUAAGCGUGCAGGUUUGAAUAGAAGUGUUUCUUAAAAUUGACAAUGAGAAAGCAGGUGGAAGACAUUUCUAACGACCUUGCCAUUUCACUGUUGAAUAAAAUGCUUUGUGAAGGUAGCAGGACACACCUGCAAUAACCACUACAUUUCCUUCAGCAGCUAAUAUUUUGAUUUGAAAAGGUGAAAACUCCUCAGACCUGAACAAUUCACCUUUUGAUUUCGAUCACCUUGAAACUUAGAAUUUCAAAUCUAACAAAAAUAUGUAUUAUAGAACAUUUAAUGUAUUCCAAAGUUCAAAUGCAAGUUGUACCAAAGGUUUGCACGAACAAUUGUUGAAAGGCAAAACCUGCUGGCUUGGUUUGACUGUGUGUGUUGAAACAAGCUUCUGCUUAUCUAUUCAUCUUGCACAUUUAAUGUUUUCAGGGGACACCAGAUUAUCAGCUGCUGGUUGGAAGUUAUUUGCUUUGAAACAAACAAAAUACUUGUAUCCAGUAAAACAAAGUUUGACUUUUUUAAAUUUAAAUCUAGAAUGGUUAUUGUGUUUUAAGAAGUGGCUUUGCCUUUAUAUUUUAAUUUUUUAAACGUCAUUGCUUCUAAGUUAAACUACUAAGGCUGUUGAAGCUAGUGGAUUGUGAUAAUGAAAUACUUUGGGGGCAAUGGUUGAUAUCCAUCUAUAUUAUUGACUGUAACAAAUUGCAGCCUGGUAGUUCAUCUCUUAACAAUUUGUUUUAAAAUAUAUUAUUAUCAGAUGCCAAUAAAAAUGUUUUUUGGUACGUGA